UAAACAAAGCGGAGAGCUACAAGAUGAGCUAGCGCCAAGUGGCUAAUGUUUUGUGGGUAAAUUAGCUGUAUCGGGCCAUUUAAGAUAGCCUCUAUUAUUGUAUUGGUGAGCACAGCUUCCGUUCAUAUGGUAACGGGCUUAUCCAGGUGCUGAGACUGGAACUAAACGAGUUAACGAGGUACCGUUAUCGCUAGCUAAAUUAGCUUCAGCUAACCUUAGGUAACGGGACACGGAUUUGGUGUUUCUGCAAAUCGAUGUUAUCUGAAAGAACCUUUAUCGAUAACACAUGGUGACAGCCACUUGAUUCAAUUUUAAAAGCUGCCAACGCUGACGCUAUCAUGACUUAGCUCGCUAUGUAGCUGAUUUAGGUUCAUAGUCAAUCUGCUGGCUGAACAGACCACUUGAUUGCAGUCACCUGGACCCAGACUGCAAUGUUUAGCCUGAUGGCGAAUUGCUGCAACUGGCUAAAACGUUGGCGAGAGCCCGCUAGGAAAGUGACUCUGGUGAUGGUGGGACUGGAUAAUGCAGGAAAAACAGCCACAGUACGAGGAAUCCAAGGAGAGAAUCCCAAUGAUGUGGCUCCAACAGUAGGUUUUUCCAAGGUUGACCUGAAGCAGGGCAAGUUCGAGGUGACCAUCUUUGACCUUGGUGGCGGGAAGAGAAUCCGGGGCAUCUGGAAGAACUACUACUCGGAGUCACAUGGUGUGGUGUUUGUGGUGGACUCCAGCGAUGUCCAGCGGAUCCAGGAGACGCGGGAGACCAUGGCCGAGGUCCUUCAGCACCCGCGCAUCGCAGGCAAACCUGUGCUAGUACUUGCUAACAAACAGGACCAGGAGGGAGCGCUGGCUGAAGCAGACAUCAUUGAGAACCUCUCUUUAGAGAAGCUUGUUAACGAGAACAAGUGUCUCUGUCAGAUCGAGCCAUGCUCUGCAGUCCUGGGUUAUGGCAAAAAGGUCGACAAGUCCAUCAAGAAGGGCCUGAAUUGGCUCCUUAGUAACAUUGCCAAAGACUAUGAGGCCAUUACUGAGCGUGUGCAGAAGGACACGGCCGAGCAACGCGCUCAGGAGGAGCAGGACAAGAAGGAGCGGGCAGAGAGAGUACGGCGGAUACGAGAAGAGAGAGAACGACGGGAGCGGGAAGAGGCAGAGCGAGAAGGCAGGCCGAUCCAGGAAGAGGAGCCUGAUGAUGAAAACAUGCCCAGCCCCUUCCAGCCAAUCAGCAACGUAAUCUCUGAGAACGAGGAUAAAGAGAAGGAGGGGAAGAGGCAAAGAGAGCUGCAAGAGGGCAGGACUAAUAGCCUGAAGGCAGAUGUUGAUCAAGAGGAAGAGGAGUACGAGGAGGAAAAUGACGAAGAACCAGACGACUUAAGACAAACGUCAGAAAAUGCUAGUUCAGCCACAACAGGCGAGCAAAGCAAGAAGAAGACGAGGAAGCUUCACCUGAAGAGGAAGCACCGGGUGGACCCGCUGAGGACAGAGGACGGGCCGGCAGAGAGCCCCACCCCUCCCCCUCCUCCAGUGGGAUGGGCCACACCCAAAGUUUCUAGGCUGCCAAAACUAGAACCACUGGGGGACUCGAAACAUUCUGAGUUUUACAAGAAGCCCCUCCCGCCUCUUGCGAACAGGCCGCGGCCUAACGGCGACGCUCAUGACAUCAUAUUUUAGCCUCUUUUACUGAUUGAGGUUGACUCCCGACCAAUCACGGCUCUCCCCUUUUGCUUUUCUGUCUCAAGCGAGCGGUGUGUAGACAGCCAAACACACAGACGGCUCCUGACGCAGGAACCGGUGAGCGCGGGAGUGCGACAGACGUGAAACACAGGAGCAUCAGGCGAAAUGAAGUCAUGCUCAGAAGCUGUAUUUUGGUUUCACAGAUUGACACAGUUCAGUGUGAAGCCGGUUCUGUCUUUGCUCAACAAAAGCACGUGUGGUGCUGAAAUCUCUCCGCUACUGUCGACGGAAACUUUAUUUUUUAUUGUAAAUUUUCAGUGUUAGUUUGGAUUCCAUUUGUCCAACCGAAAUGCUUUUAAUUGACAAAGAAUGUAAAUAUGUUUACUAUAACCUUACACAUGUUUAUGUCUGUUACUGAUUCAUAUACACAGUGGCAUUAACAGUUACCAUAUUUUAUUCAUUCAGUUUUGCAUCUUCAGCUUUGUAGUGUAAACAAAGGCGCAUAUGAUUUUGUGGAUGUACCUGAAUAUGGGUCAAAAGGAAAAGAUCUUAAGCUGUUUUACACGUGAUCUUUUUUUAAAUCAGAAAUAUUUCCCUUUUUAAAACAGUGGUGUGAAAUGAGGAUAAAGUGGAGGCCAAAGCAGGUUGAGUUGUGGAUGUAAUUAGCUGUACUGUACAAGGAAAAAUGUUACACUACAUUGCGAUUGUUGACUGGUCAGUUUUAGUCAUGACUGUGUUCACAUUUCACUUAAUGAUUGUAAAGUUUUUAUGGCCAUGAAAAGAAAAAGAGUGAUUUUUAAAAAAUCUCUAAUAGGGAACAUUGCUCGUGUCUUGCCAGCAGCGUCGUAAAGGAUUUUAUCUUUUUAUUUAUUGUUAAAAAUGUAAACAUAUGGAAAAUAUAUUUGUCUACAGGGCUACAGACUUUCUACGCAUUCUGCAGUUCACACUGUGUACCCGUUCUUAAAGUGAUAUUUCUCUUGAGGCAGGAAUCAGCCUCAGACUUGCUGCCUCUCAGGUGGCCCUGAGGUGUGAGCCAGCAUUGUUGUUGUUCCAGCUUCUCUGACUCUGUCUUCUGCACCAGUUUCCACUUUUGAAAAAAAAAAAAAAAGCUGAAAAUAGAUAAAAUUGCAUCUCAAAAGCCACAAACGCAAAUUUGUGUGUAGUUGGAACGCUCCUUUGCCCCAGUUAAGUUUUAUGUUGGAAGAGUUUGCAGUGGGAUGAUGAGGGAGAAGGAAGUAUCACUACACCGACACCUGGAACGCACAAUAUUGGGUCAGAGCACAUGAGAAUAUGUGUAGCAAAAGUAAGAACAUGAAAUAUCACUUUAAAACCACACCACUGUAUUUCAAAGCUAUAGUACAACACUCACUCUCAUGUUAAUGCUCUAGAUGUUUGGAAAAAAAAUAUUUUUUCUACCCAAUUUGAAUUUUAUAACAGCACAAUUAAAGAUGUUUUAAAUAUAA